UCUUUGCUUCAAAAAAGGAGUGCCAAGGAAGUGCUGUAAGAAGGACUGCUGGAGAAACAGAAGAGAGUACUCCUGAGAAGACACGGUGCCACGCUGAGACCCCACAGCCAGUUGAAAACUACAUCAGUGAAGGAGAGUUUGAGGACGAUCUGAGUACUUCUACCCCAAGCACAACAGAGCUGGAGGUACGUGGAUCCAGCCAAGAAACAGAUGAAGAUUAUUUUGAGACCGUGUCACAUCAGAGUGGAUCUUUGUCAGAUGUAAAAACUGAGCCUUACGAGAGUGCAUCAGAUACAGAAUCUCUUUCUAGUGACAUAGCUGGGAACACUUGCUUGGAUUCAAACUGCCUGUUCACUGAAAAAAAAACCCUGGGCUGUAAUUUUCCCAAAGAAAGGGCAGAAACAACCUUCCAUGGACUGAAGUGCUCCAGGCAGCCAGAAUUCACCCGGCACAUACAGUUCGGAUUGUCCUACAAAAUAAAAGCAGCACCAAGCAAGACUGAAUUUUGUGUACAGUCAGCAAGGGCAGAAGGUGAAGAACUGGGUGAUGAAGAACAAACAUUCUUUAGUGAUAUCUCUAUCACAGAGAACAAAUUCCAUGAAGAGGGCGUUGUAUCACAGGCAAAGAGAAGUUCUGUGGCAGCAUUGCAAAAUAAAGCAGAGUUAGAAAGCUUUAAAGUGCAAUCCUGUACCAACCCAGUACUUACAGAAGAUGAUGUUACAAGACAGAGGGAACAUCCUGCAGUAUUAAGCAUUGAUUGUUUCAAAGCAAACUCAGAAAAUUGUUUGGUUUUUCCUGAGGUACAGCAAUUUUCCUUCCAGUCAGAUGCAGUGUCUAGCUGUAGUUUGCCUAAUCUUCAUUUUGAAACAAAUGGACCUAACUCUAAAAGUUACACUGAGACAUCUGACUAUAAGUGUGAGUUAGAUUCUAUGUCCAGUAUAAAAUGCAGCAGGAGGAAUUCAGCUGACAGUGAGGAAACUACAGGCAAAAGGAUAAAACCUGGACGUACAGAGACUAUGUUGACAUCAGAUUCACUCUUUUACCAGAGUUGCUUCAAACCAAAAUCUCGGCCACCACACACAAGGUCAGAGAUUACAGAAAGUAAAACAUGGCACAGUGUACCUGAAAACAUCAGUGUUCAAAGCCAGACAGAAUAUGUGGGGAGCUGCAUUCACCUUACAAACAAAUUCAGAUGGUCAUGUUCCAGAAUACAUCUUCAAGGGUUGGAUUUUGAAUGCACUUGGAAAAACUUAGGAAGGGUACCUGUAAGCCCUGAGCCAGCAAUAAAAAUAGAGGGCCAGUUUGGCAUGAAAAGAUCUCUUCUUGAUACUGACACGAACUCAAAGGAGUGUCAGGUUUCUCAACCAGCAGGCUCUCCCCAGUGCAUUGAUUAUUAUUUGCACUCUAAAUCAGAGACAUGUGGCCUGAACCCAGAGCCAGUCGGUACCUGUGCUGACAGCUUAACACAGGGUGAUGCUUGUGAGUGCAGCCCCAAACAAAAGCAGACUUCCUCUGCCCUGGACUGUGAGCCAGUGACCAUAAAUGCUGAAGAACUCAUAAAAAGUGAUGAGUACAAAGCUGAAGGAGCUCUGGAAGCAGGCAGAUUCCCCUGUGAUACUGAUGUUGAAUUGGGCACUGGUGGCACUGAGAACCUUGCAGCUUCUCAUGUAAGUUUUCCUGCUGUUGUGGAAAACAGAGAUUGGGAAUAUUCUGUAAACUGUGUUUCCAAUAGUGGAAUAGACCAAAAAUGUUUGAAGGAGAAUGGCCUUGAAUCAGAACUGUCAGGUAUGACGAUUGUGGCAGGAGAAAGAUGGGCAGAUCAUUCUUCUAAUCUUGACUUUGGUUGGAAAUUCCUGGAAACCACAGUACAAGCAGGUGGCAGUGACGCUGGGACAGAGCACGAAGAGCCACUGAAGCAAAAUACAAGUUGCAAAACUGGUACCUUAAGGAGCGACUCUGAGCUAGUAACAAAUGAACAUCCUACUCAUAAAGGAAAGGAUGAAGACAGUGACAGUGCCUUUGCUGUUGAAAGGACUCCCAGAUCAAAUCAUAUAAGCCAGAGGAGGGAUCUAAUGAUGGGUCCAGAGUUAAAGCCUGCACUAAUUAUAGUCUCUGUAGAGCAGAAAGGAUUACAGUCCAAGACAGUGAAUGAUGACCUUCCUACUGAAGUGGUAACCAAGAGAUUGAGAAAUGUAGUGAGGAGGGAUUUGAUAUCUCUUUGUACUGUGAACAAAGUUCAUGAUGAGCCAGAGAGAGUUCUUGGUGAAAACUGUAUCCGUAAAGAACAAAUUCUGGCCACCCAUCCCAUUCCUGGCAGUGUAGAGGUACCCCCUGAUAGGGAUACAGCUGAAGUAGAACCAGAAGUUUCAGAAGAGAAAAGAGAAAAAAACGAUGCAGUUUCAUCCUUAGGGUUCACCUGUAGUAAUCCCACAGUAAGAAGUGAGGAAGUGGAAUUCAGGAGUGUUACUGUACCACUGAGCAAUGAUACACUUAGUGCAGAAAGUCAGACAGGUCCCUGUGAAGAAGUGCUCAUAAAAUCACACAGUACAGGUGGUGUGAAGGUCUCUGAGGAAGAGCCCUGCAGAACACAGACUGCUUUUGAAUUAGAACAGUUCAGAAAGUCAGGCUCCAGAAAGCCUGGAACAAGAGAUGACCAAGUGUCUAAGGAAGAGGAAUUCAAAGCACAUCAAGGCAGAGAGGAAGGCUUAUAUAUAAUUAGUGCAGUUACACUGGAAACGAGCAGCAGUGUAAGCAGUUUGUGUCCGGGAGAUGGUGCUGAUGACCUUCAAGGGCCCAGCAGUGUCUCUGAACAAGCAGUAGGCAGGCAAGGAAAUGAAGGCUGUAAUGGCUCAAAGGAAGAAAUAGGUAUUUGUGAAGGACCUUCUUCUAGGGAAGGAAGGCAGGGCUCUGCUGCAGAAGACACUGCUAACCCCAGCAAAGACAGUGCACUCAGUCUAGAUGUGUCUGAUGUCUUUGAUGAGUCUGUGAACAGGGAGAUCCAUAACACUUGCAUGCUGGGCCUGGAUAAUAUAAGUACCUGCAGCACUAACAGCGAGGAAAUGGAUGACAACUUAUCCCACAUCCUGGGAAGUAACAGCAGUCUCUAUAAAGCGGUGCAGAAGCCAACAAAGAAUGAGAAUAGUGGGAAAGCUUCCAGGUUUUUAGUAUUCUCAAAAAUGACAUCUUUCAGGAAAACUAAGCCUGCCACAGCAGAAAAUCAGGGAAGUAGCAGUUUCUUUGGCAGCAAGGCAAAGAUAGAAGAGCUGGAAGCUGGGAAAGAUGAUGAAGACACUGCAAGUUUACUGUCUUUGAAAAGCUGUCCAUCUGGUUUAGUCUUCCACAGGAAGGAAAGUUACACCUCAGAGUACUCUGAUGAUGAUGAUUUAUUCUAUGAGAGACCCCCAGGAUUAUUCAACAGAUUGAGCCUGAGGAAGGCCUCUGGCUCUGGUCGGAUACUGAUGGAAGACACAGAUAUGAAUUCAACUUCUCCCUGUUUGGGACCUGUCAAAUAUGCAGAUCGACAUGUUUCAGGUUCAUCUGAAAACAAUGAUGGGGAACCUGUGGAGCACUCUGGGAUUAGAAAAUCAUUCCCUGAAAGCGAAUACAAAAGGAACAAAACCCCUGAGGGCAAGAAGUUCAAGACAAGGUUGGCCUUGGCACACAGAUCCCUCUCAAGCUUAUUUGAGUCGAGAUCUACAGAAAAGGAAAACACUGAGCAAAGUUCGAGAGUAUCACUGAAAAAUGAAAAGGAGAAAGCCAAACUUCGCCAGAGCACCUGGAAAGCUUUUCUAAAAAGCAAGGAGGCAGAUGGACUAAAAAGGCCUGUCUUAGCAAGUUUAUCACCGACACAGGAGGGUCUGAGUGCAAGUGGUGGCCACGUGAUGAGAACACCAGUAGAACGACAGGGUAGUUCCAAUGGACACACGUUUUUUAAAACAGAAGCAGAUAGUGGCUCCAACUAUUUUGACAACUCUGUGGAACCUGUUGAUGUCUCUUCACCUGCAGGUAUGUGGAGAAGACGAGUACAGUCCCAUGACUUGGGCAUUAAAUACUCACAGAGUUCCGACUGUGACGAGCAGCAGGAGGUUCUCAGCAACAGUUUAAAUACUUCCCUAGAGGAAUACUGGAUGAAAUCUCCAUUUAGCCCCACUGACUUGCAGUUGGCAUUUAGUCAGUCAAGUCCAUCGUGUCCCCCCCACUCAAAUUCCGAUGGUAAAGACAUGCCUUGUAGGCCCAUGAGUCCUAAACCGCAGAGUCCACGAUCCACUUCUCACCAGAGGACCUUCCGUUAUCCCGGAAGAGUAUGUGCCACUUCGAUGAUUUCUCUUGGGAACAGCCCUGGAGUUGAAAGCAAUUUGGAGGCUCCUGAGAGACCAAAGACAUUGAAACCCAGAGGUAGUCUCUUACUUUCUGUGCACUCAUUGGACGCCGAAUACCAGAGGGAUGACAGUGGCAUAAGCAGUCAAUCCCAGAUCAGCUUAAAUACAGCUUCUUCCAUUAGUGAUAUGCUCCAAGAUGAGGAGUCUAGACAGCAAUGUCAAACUGCACCUGAAAAGAGGCCAAAUAAGAAAUGGGUUCCCCAUCGCAAAAGGAGGCCCCCCCGGGUCCCACCAUCCCCUCGCCCCGGCUCCACCCUGGAGAGCAAAGCCUGGAGGCUUUCCUGCUUUGCUCCAGAUGAAAAAGCUAAGGAGAUUCCAGAGAGGAGGAGGAAGAGACCUAAACCCCUCUAUAAGUGCUUCAGCUUCGAUGAUGUUUGGAUGGAGAGGAACCAAAAAAGGAAACUAGAGAAGGAGACACAGCCAGAGAGAGGGGCUCAAUCGCAGCAUCUCCCAGGGGACCCGUUAAAAGCUGGAAUAAGUCCAUCCAUCACAUCUCCUGUUGCCUUUGACAUCCUGCCACUGAAACUGCACCCGUUUUCCCAGAGCACCCCGACAGGCCUGGACUGCGUGGGCUGGAAACGGCGCGUCUCCGCUCCUGUGAUCGCUGACGGGGCCCUGGAUAAAACGGCUCUGACGGACGAUGUGGGAAGCGAGGAGGACCUGUAUGAGGAUUUCCGGAGCUCCAACCACCGCUACGGCCACCCCGGGGGCGGCGGGGAGCAGCUGGCCAUCAACGAGCUCAUCAGCGAUGGCAGCGUGGUGUACGCAGAAGCCCUGUGGGACCACGUCACCAUGGAUGACCAGGAGCUGGGAUUCAAGGCCGGCGACGUCAUUGAAGUGAUGGAUGCGACCAACAAGGAGUGGUGGUGGGGGAGGAUCCUGGACAGCGAAGGCUGGUUUCCAGCCAGCUUUGUUCGGCUGCGGGUGAACCAGGAUGAGCCCAUGGAAGAUUAUCCCCUGAAGGUGGAGGGGGGCAGAGAGGACGACUCCCGACGCUUCGGGAUGGGCCAGACCACCAAAGACCAAAUGAGGACCAACGUCAUCAACGAGAUCAUAAGCACAGAGAGAGACUACAUCAAGCACCUGAAGGACAUUUGUGAGGGCUACAUUAAGCAGUGCCGCAAGAGAGCUGACAUGUUUACAGAGGAACAGCUGAAGACAAUCUUUGGGAAUAUUGAGGACAUCUACAGGUGCCAGAAGAAAUUCGUUAAAGCACUAGAGAAGAAAUUUAACAAAGACCACCCACAUUUGAGUGAGGUUGGCUCAUGCUUCUUGGAAUAUCAAACAGAGUUUCAGAUCUACUCUGAGUACUGCAACAACCACCCCAACGCCUGCAUGGAGCUGUCCCGCCUCACCAAGGUCAACAAGUACGUUUACUUCUUCGAGGCCUGCCGGCUGCUGCAGAAGAUGAUCGACAUCUCCCUGGACGGGUUCCUGCUGACCCCCGUGCAGAAGAUCUGCAAGUACCCCCUGCAGCUGGCUGAGCUGCUCAAGUACACCAACCCCCAGCACAGGGAUUUCAAAGAUGUCGAGGCUGCCUUAAACGCCAUGAAGAACGUCGCCCGGCUCAUCAACGAGAGGAAGCGGCGGCUGGAGAACAUCGACAAAAUUGCUCAGUGGCAGAGUUCCAUAGAGGACUGGGAGGGUGAAGAUGUCCUGGUCAGAAGUUCAGAACUCAUCUAUUCCGGGGAAUUAGCCAAAAUCUCCCACCCUCAAGCCAAGAGCCAGCAGAGGAUGUUCUUCCUCUUCGAUCACCAGCUUGUCUGCUGCAAGAAGGACCUUCUGCGCCGGGACAUUUUGUAUUAUAAGAGUCGGAUCAACAUGGAUGACAUGGAAAUACUGGAUGUAGAAGAUGGGAAGGACAAGGACUUCAAUAUCAGUGUGAAAAAUGCAUUUAAGCUGCACUGCCGAGACACUGAGGAAGUCCACUUAUUCUGUGCAAAAAAGCCUGAGCAGAAACAGCGCUGGCUGAAGGCGUUUGAGAACGAAAGGAGGCAGGUGCAGCUCGACCAGGAGACAGGUUUUUCAAUCACUGAGGUGCAGAAGAAGCAGGCCAUGCUGAAUGCCAGCAAGCAGCACCACGCUGGGAAACCCAAGGCUGUCACCAGGCCCUACUAUGACUUCCUGAUGCGGCAGAAGCACCCCACCCUGCCCACCACGCUCCCUCAGCAGCAGGUCUUCAUGCUGGCAGAGCCCGCGCAAGCCCUCGAACUUCUGGCAGAACAUCAGCAGGCUGACGCCCUUCCGGAAAUAGGGGCAGCCCCACGUUUGUGCCUGAACCUCUUCUGAGAAAGCACUUUACCCGUCAGUCCUGGGAGGUGGAGCCCAGGUUCUUCCAAUCCUUUGUUUACGGAGGAUGGCACAUGUGCUCCCGCCUUCCCUAUUUAUUUUGCAGCCCGACUGACCGCCCUGGUUCCGAGGUGAGACACUGCGUGUGCAUUUGUGCCGUGGAGCCAGCCUUGCACAGCGCCCACGAGGCAGAGCUCCAGGAGGAGCUCACAGGAGGGAGCCUGACAUGCUUCAGCUGAAGAGAUUUUGCUUGUCAGCUGUAGUUGGACUCACUCCUUCCCACUGUGCCCACCACUGCUGUCUGGCAGCUGUCAGAGGGGGUGGCAGCUGACAGACCCACUGCCGUGCUCAGAACGUGACACACUGGCCGUGGAGGGACAAACCCUUCUGCUCUGCCCCCUGCCCCACGUUUCUCAGAGACAUGAUCCUCCUACACAGGCCCAACUAACUCAGCCUCUGCAGGCCCUCAGACAGACACAGUGAGUACAGCACUGUGACCUCUUCUUUCCUCUAGUCCAACACCACUGGUGAACGGUAUCGUACAUUAAACUGUGCCAACCUGCAGCAUGAGUCAAGUUCAAGAAUCUCUCUAGUGGGUUUGAGUUACAUAAGUUAGAGAAAAAUGUGCCUAAUUAAUACCAUACUCAAUUCCUUAGAUUCUCGUCUCUCCAUCGUUCUGCCAUAUUUCCUGGCCAAUGAAAAUGCUCAUUGUUUGUAAUGUGUUUAUUUAUGGUAAAAAUCAGAACUGUGUAUUUUGUAAGUCUGUAAUUGUUCUUGUCAGAUGUUGUUAACUUGAUGCCUGUUUUGUCUGUUUAAUUUUUCUUUUUUUUUUUAAAAAAAGGUCAAUAUUUGCAAACCCGGCUCCCAGAAGUCAGAGUCUGCUGUUCAACUCUGAAACACAAUUGUUAUGCAAACUCCCACAGACCUUCUCAAAUUCAAGGCGUUACUGACACUUUUAAAAAAUGGAAAACCACUUUAAAAAGGCCUAAAUUUGGCAUAAGAAGCCUCAUUUAAGUACCCAAGUUUCAAACCGUGGCCAAAAAGAAUUAAUUUGAACCUUGGUUAGCAAAAGGAAAGAUUUGCCUUACCAUAGCGAGAGUUAGAAGCCAUACUGACUGAAUUCCCUAGCUUAGGAGACAUCCCGUGACAGUGGAAGGAAGACUCCUGCUCGACGCUGUGUGAGUGAGCACUAACUGUCUGCAGAGCUCAGAAAUCCAGUGUUUGUUGAUGCUGUAGCUGACCAAAGUCUGGUCAUCCAGGGAUAUCUGAAUUCAGUAGCAUGUACAAAGUCCUUCUUGCACUAUAUCUUCCCCCCAGACCAGGGGCAACAUUUAAUUUCAUAAAGAAACUUGUAAAAGUGACUCUCAGCCUGUGUUUGUCUCCAGCAUGUCUGUGUGAACUUGUUUCUCUGCAAAGUCACUGCAGAGAUUCUGCUUUUGCAGCUCCAGCAGUGACCACACCACUUCACCCUCAGAACAGCCACCCUGCACAGGGACCAGACCAGAGCGGGCACUGGGGACACUCUGCACUGGAGAGGACAUGGGUCAAUACUGGGGGAGGGGCAGGGAAUAAAACAAACCCAGACAGAAAAAAAACCACUUCAAGAGCCACUGAGAUCAGGCAGCUACAUCACUGUUGGCAUACUGACCUUUGCAAUACAGACACACUGAGACACCGGCACACAGAGACACCCACCAAGAGACACACAGACCCCAACGGGCACACCCCGAGACAGACACGGGCAAGGUGGAGAGAGAGAUGGCAACCAAGAGAGACCCUGACACAGACAUGCAGACACACACACACAGGUAUAUCAGCUACAGCCAGCACCCCUCAGGAACAGAAGGCAACUGUCACCUUUGUGUUUACCCUAAGUGUCUGCACCCUCCUUUCCUUAUCCAUGGUGUGUUUGUUUUGAUUGGCCAGGAAGCAAAUCUGUUGGCACUGAAAUGAUCAAUUUUCUGAGCUUAUCAUCAGCUUUGCAGUAAGCUGGGGAGAGGACAGUUCCCCCCACAACACAUGCACACACCCUUUAAGCAUGAUUAGCUGUGAAGAUGCAACAGGUUUCUCAUGAUCUUGUCCAGCUGAGUGUGCUCAAGGGUGGGGAUUCCCCCAAGAACCUCCUUGCCUCCCUGAACAAAACAUCGCUGUCCCCACCAUGAAAGAAGUGCUAACAUCUAUUCAAAGUGCCCCUUGCUGCAACAUCUGUUUUUUAGCCACUAUGUUGCUUAAUACACUCAGCUUUACAUCUACAUUGAAGUCACUCCACUAGAACUCCUCACCUCUUCUGAGGGAAAUGGGGUGACAGUGGCACAGGACCCUGGAGUGCAGCAGCUGUGAAGCGCAACAAUGCCCCUGCCCUCCCUUGCUGAAAACACACACAAGAACUGGCUACUAUUCAUUAUCUGGGUAGCAAUAUUCUGAACAGUAGAUAUGCACCAAGUGGUUUAAAUUCUCACAUCACUUACCAGCUCUUCCAGAACUGAUUUCACAUCUGACCACUGCGCACAAAUGAUUCAUAGCAACACUUUUUACAGAAACGGUUUUUUUACUGCCAAACCAGACUCCUCUAGUCAGACAACAUCGCUGACCAGGUAAUUAUUUUUGGUAGAGAGAAAUACAUUCUCCGCUUGACUAUCAGUACUCUUCCUAAAACGCAUCCUCAGCUGGGAUUCCAGUCUUGCACGCCAAGUUUGGAGCUGGGAUCCGAUCCCCUAUGCAAGACUGAGAGCGGUACAGAAGCUGAUCGUGCUGGAAGAGGUGACACUGCUGAACAGGUAAGGCUCAAACCCACUGUGCUCAACACACCCACCCACAGCCUGCUCUGAAGAGGAUUUUAUCACAAAACACCACCCUUUGUUUUCUACCCAGCACUGCUUCCUGAUUCUCUCACCACAACCCACAGUGUUUCCUGAACAAACUGUGUAGCAGAUCACGUGCAAACUCAUUGGUUUUAAGUGAUUAGACACUCAAAAAAGUCAUUGCCCAAGUUCCUCAUUAAAUGGCAAAGUGUCCUUGUGUGUGAGAUGGUGGUAACACAUUAACCAACCCUGAAUUUCCUUCCUCUUCGCCCUGGCAUCUGGAUUUCAAAUGGAGUUCCAUUGUUCUGGCAGUGAACAGUACCAGGGAGAACACGUGUGUAGGCCAGGAUGUGUGUGUGUACACAGUGUGCAGCUUCACAAGGGCAUCAGCUAAACUCGUGCUAACGGGGGUUUUGGCAUAUGAGCAACACAAGUACAGCCUCUGACAAGCUCUCUGAUCUAAAUGGACAGCACAGUCUUGCCAGAUCCACAAGAAGUGCCCAUUUGAAACAUGAAGCAGAGCUGUGAGAUGUCAGAGGAGCUCUGGAGAUGAACCACCUACAUGGGCCAGAAAUGCUGAUUUUCAUACAGAACAAACGGAAGCUCCUGACAUGAGGCUGAACAGCAUCAAUGCUUCUGGAUUUCAGGGUAGAACCAUCCUAACUGCUCAGAAAAACAGUCCUGCACUGAGUUACAUAAAGUGGACAGGAAGAUUUGAUUCAGGGGUGGUUUGGGUUUUUAGAGGUGUUGGCUCUAUCUGUUCCCCUCCUUCUGUAGCUAUCCAUUUAGGAAGCUUCUUGUGAAAACAGCCAUGUUUCUUAAGGAGCUAAAUCUGCCCAGUUUUCACUUGGUCAAGUACGACACAGACUUAUGUAAAGCAUGUGAACCAAUCAAAAGGAUGAUUUCCUGAAACUACCAGUAACGUGAAGAGAACUGGUGGCUGCUAAAUAAUGAAGUUUCUGCUGUGACCAAAAAACCCACCACAAACUCUCUGUUUUGAACUGUUAGUUUGGAAUAACUGAUUCAGACACGGUGGGUGUAUACACUGUGCCAAGUUCUGAGAGCAUCAAAACCAGAACAAACUGUCUUUGUACUAACUCACAAUAACAACUAGAUCAAUUCUCAUGCAGAGAUAAGUUUCCCCAAAGCAGCCUUUAGUAUCUUUUCUGUUUUGUCUGUAACCUGGAGAGCUGUGGGGUAUUGGGUGGUGGGGAGUCCUGUUUGUGGCCAGCCACUGUGUGCACUGCAGGUGAUUCCCACCAUCCAGGACACUGCUCCACAAAGCCAGCAUGGCAGUCUGUCAUCCAGGAACCAGCACAACCACCUGCAUCUGGGUGUCCCAACAGCUUCCCAAAAACAUCAGGAAGCCAGGCCUCCCCCUCACCAACAGAUGAUGAGAUAACAGAACCAAGGCACUUGCCAGUGACAGGCAUUCCAUGAGAAUCUCAGCUUCAGACUGAAAAUGCUACAUUUCUUGGGGUGCCAGAAUGACUGAAAUUAGGGUUUUUUAAAGGAAAAGGUCUUUCAUCUUUUGCAAUAUAUGUCAGAAUAUCAGGCUGUGCUCCUCCAGAUUUACUGUAGUGGAAAGGGCAGCACUGAAGAAAUCGGUGCCAAGACUGAUAUGUAAAUAUCAGUGUUCUGAACAAGUAGUGCACCACUCACCCCCCAGACUGCUGGAGAACUGUCAGCACCUGUGGGGGACAACACCCAGCAAGUGCUAAAUUCUUAUUUUACUGGCUUUACUUCAGCUGUUUUAAUGCUCCUGUCAGGUUUCACCAUGUACCUGCUAAGGAGGGUUAUGGCACUGCAAUGCCCUUCUGGACAGUGACUAUGGUAGUACAGCAAUUCCUAAAGCUUUAAGAAGGGAACUAUUCACACCUCAUUCAACUGCUGGAGCCUCAGCCUGUACCUGCUGCUAUUCAUGUUUUCGACCAAGUCUCAACUAGAAUGUCCUGUCCCAACCUACCAGAGAAACUCCCUGUCACAGAGCUCCCAGCCUAAGCAAAGCUGUAGGAUCAGGUCUUCAGGUAAUUAAUGGGUUAAAGAAUAAGAGCUUUGAUAAUGGAGAGAAGUUCACUGAAAAAAAUUUGAAGUGUUUUCAGCUGAUUUUAACCCACUGAAGGCACAGUGGUAUUCUUUCAGGUUGAUAGUGCAAGAGAGGGAAUCAAUCUUCCAAGCAGCAGAGACAAAUCAAUGCAGAUCGUUUCAGAGUGAAGCCAGUGCACGGUGACAGCCAGCAGUGUGACAGGGCACAGGGCUCCUGCACUUCCCUGAGUGCCACACAGGGUGGGGGAUCACAUGCUCCAGAACAACCUGGAUUCACUUGCCUUUACACUCACAGCCACAGCUCCAGGCUCAGAAGCCAAAGGGUGUUCCUUUCCAGCCACACAGCAAUCCCAGCUCGCCCUGCCUUGGGAUUAACACCUCGCACCACACUUCAUUUCUCCCUGUGUCUCUCACACGUUAUCCUUAACGAGCUACAUUACUAAAAUCCCAUGGCUUUGGCAGUGCUGGCAGUUUUAGGAAAAAUGCAGGCUGCUUGUUCUUUUUGCUUAACACUUCUGUCAUCUUCCUCCCCACAACUCCACCCUCCUCUCCGCACGUCCUGAGCUCCUCUUCUGCACAACUUUGCUACCAAAGCAGCUCCCUGUUUCACAGCCUGUGCAAAUGCAAUACCUGUGAUAUUUCCCCCAGACCUGUGUACCUUUGUGUGACUGCUUACAUAUACAGUUGUGAGAUGGGAAAUAAAAAAGCUACCAACUUUA